AUGUUCGUCAUCACUAACCUUGAAACGCUCGGAGCACCACUGGCAAUGACAAUGUUUAGUUGGAAUAAACAAGAAACCGUUCAGUAUAUGUCGCUGAUGCAUGGAGGGUUCGGCUUUGUAGGAUUUGUUAUGUAUGCUAUCAGUGUCUUCUACGACUUUGGAAAAGUGCUUGAUCAUCGUAUAGGAGUUUCUAUUGGAUUAUUCGCCUUGGUGCUAUUCCACAUGUUAACUUUUCCAUGGUGGGGACUUCCCGGAUCAACACCAUAUCAGCAAGAAUAUAUCAUAGUCAAUGGAACGAAGAUUCUCAAUCCAGAUCCGGUCGGAUGUAAAACUUCAUUUGACUGGUGUGCGUAUACUCCACCCAUCAAUCCUAUACUCUUCGUAGUCGCUUACGUUUUCAUGGGCACCAUGCAGGGAGUUCUCUUGCUCAGCGGUAGCGUUGCUCGAAUGCUUGGUCCAAUUUUUGUGGCGUAAGU